GCUGGCUGGCCGUCUCUUUCGCUCUCCCUCCUCCCUCCCUUUGUUUUCGCUGUAGAGAGCGCUGGUGGAGCGAAGCGUGCUGGAGGUUUAUGGUAAUUGCGGUUCCCCGAUUGGCCUUCUGGGUAGAGUCUGCGACUGGAACCAAGGCGCAGGCACUCAUUCUCCGCUGUACGUCUGGAGGCGGUAGUUGUGAGUGCUCCGAAUGGUGCCAUACGGAAGAAAACGGAACAGUAAAACUAGGACGAAAUAAAAACUAAUGGGAACAUUGACAGAAACACCCUAGCCUCUCACUGAAGACAAUGGGCACUGUUAGCAUUCUUUAUUUGUUGAAAACGGAAAUUCUCGCCAUAUUUUUGAGGUGGCGUGUCUGCUGUAUGGCGAGCUCAACAUGGCGUUGCAAUGUAUAACCAGACUGAAUUAGUUUAUUGUUUAUUGAGACCUACGACCGUUGUUGCCACCUGUGCUCCUUGAAACAUUCACGACAACGAUUCACUUGGUGUAUUUUUACUAAUGGAUAUAUUUACUGGGAGCACUGCGACUCCGUGGAUCUGUUCGUUCAUUGUCGCCGACUCGUCAUUCCCGGAUUUUUACCAACUGGAAAUGUAUAAAGACUAAGGAUGUUUUCGUAGUCUAAUCUUACCUACGUGUCAUUUAACAAGCACAACAUUGUCACCCCUAUUUGCUGUAAAGUUAAAUUACAAAAGUGAUAUUAACCCCCGACGCACGAACUCUCGCUGGGUCGUUUUGACUGACUCGUGGAGCCUAGAGAACACGGCCAAAAAAGUUCCAACUCGACAUUUUGCGUUUUGGCCAAGGACAAUAUAAUUUAGAGAAAUUAUUCUGGAAUUUCUAUCAGGAUUGUACCAGUGAGGGAUGGUGGGAGGCAGACUACCCAUGUGGAUCUAACCAUCCAGGAACCACCACAUCACACAAAGCAUGGUGGAUGCGAGUGCUGCUUGCAGAAUGAACCCGCUAGCUGCCCUGGGCAUGGACCGUAGCAGCCUGAUGAGGGAGAGCCUCCGCGUCCACGGAGGGAUGGUCUACCCGGGCAUCCGCACCUUGUCCGCCUCCGAAAAAGCCAGGGAGGGGGUCUCCUCCUUGCCCCUGGGCUACGACCUAGUCUACAAACCCGAAGGCUUGACCUUGGAUGGCAGGAAGCCUGGUAACGGUCUGUAUAAGAGCUCUCCCCCUGGGUUGCAGAGGCCUGGUGGAGGGGAGGGCCUGGGAAUGGAGCGGCGUGUGGGGCCUGGAGAUAAACCCUCUGAGCUGGGCCUCAACGGCAGCAACGGCUUCCUGCGACUUCCCUGGGCAGUAAACCCGUACGCUGACCCCGGACUGUACCCCUUCCUGGACUCCUCCAAAUACGCAGCCCUCAACAUGUACAAGGCCUCGUUCCUGUCCCAGCCCUCACCCUACCUGCCCCAGCACCUGGCCUAUCAGUCCCUGUGUGGAGGGGCGGGGGGUAGCGCUGCUGGGACAGAGCGCCUCUUCUACAUGCCCCCGUACCCCCCGGCCCCCAUCUCCUCCCCCCUGGCCCCUCCUAUGAGGAUCCCCAUGGCCACGGUGGUCCCCAACACCCUCUCACCGAUGCAGGGCCUGGGGCCCCGGAUUCACCAUGAGGCCUCCCCCUAUGGGUCCCAGCUUCACCAGCAGCACCAGGCCCACCAGCAGUCCCAACCCCAUCACCAGUCACACAGUGACAGGCAGCCCCAGUCCCAACCCCAUCACCAGUCACAUAGUGACAGGCAGCCCCAGUCCCAACCCCAUCACCAGUCACAUAGUGACAGGCAGCCCCAGUCCCAACCCCAUCACCAGUCACAUAGUGACAGGCAGUCCCAGUCCCAACCCCAUCACCAGUCACAUAGUGACAGGCAGCCCCCGUCCCAACCCCAUCACCAGUCACAUAGUGACAGGCAGCCCCAGUCCCAACCCCAGUCCCAUAGUGACAGGCAGUCCCAGUCCCAACCCCAUCACCAAUCACACAGUAGAGACAGGCAGCCCCAGUCCCAACCCCAGUCCCAUAGUGACAGGCAGCACAACAACAACAGCAGCAGUAGUAAGCUCAGCCGGACUUCCUCUAGUAAGAGCUCUGGCAGCAGCAGCAUUCACAACAGUAGCAGUAUUACCAGUAGUAGUGCUGGGACUGGCAUUAGCAGCAGCCUACCAGUGGACUCCACCCAAGCACUUAUAAUGCAGUCCCCCCGCACAGCCCCCCACCCUCCCCAGACCUUAGUCCCUCCCCCCUCUCCUCUCAUAGACAACAGCACUUUGGACAUCCAGAAGUCACUGUUCAGAAGCCCUCCCUGCUCCUCCACCACCACCACCUCUUCCUCCCCGUCGGUGUCCCAUCCUUUCUACAUGAGCAGCAUGUCCUCUGAGCACCGCUCCCCGGUGAGGUCCGGCAGCAACACCCACAAAGCCAAAGAGCAGGGCAGCAGCUCAGAGCACAGGAAUGUGGAGAGGAAUGGGGAAAGGAAGCGGAGCCAGUCCCCUUUAAAGACUUUGUCCUCUGAUAGACCAGCAGUACUACAGGCUCCUGCCAAAGACCCUGCGGACAAGCCUCUGGAUCUGUCAGCCAAAAUUCUGGAGUUGGAAGGCUCCCCAAACAUAUUCCCCCCAAAACUAGAGGCCUUGGCUAAGCUGGGCUACUCGCCCGCGGCUCGAUACAGCUUACCCCCCAGCCGGGAGCUCCUGAAAGAGACCCUCUCCCCGUCAGGGGCUUCCUCCAAAACCCCUGAGAGGCCUGAGAUCAUUAGCACUUUACGCUCCUCCUGGGUGGUGCCCAGCUCGACCCCGGUCCACGACAGCUCCAGCUCAGACACCAACCACAACAAAGACCCCUCCGUCAUCAAACAUAAAAACCUGGAGAACUUGUCUUCACAGCAGCAGCGAAGCUCUUCCUGUCCCAGGAUAGGUGAGGUCGAUGGGGCUGUCACCCCAAACCAUGCCCCAGCUGUGGUAGCCCCUUCUGGGAGCCGACCGUCCUCUGCCUCCGCCUCUCCCAAGGUCAACGGUGAUUGGCCAAGAUCCUCCCCCAACUACUCUGAGACAGCUCCUUCUUCCAACAGAGUGGGCAGCCAUCCCUCUUCUGGGAAGCCAUUGAAACCCGUCAAGAAACCAGAGGCUCAGGAGAUGCCCUUCAAACCCCAGCAGCCGCCCCACUUAGACAACAGCCAUCCGUCCGACAACAGCCAUCCGUCCAGCCACCCCCCUAGCCAACUCUACCUCCCCCAGAGUGACAGCUAUCUGCCCCCUAGCCUAGCCUACGCUAACAGAUACCUGCCCUACUCAGUCCAGGAGAGCAUGUCCCUGCCCCACAUGCCCAUGCCAGGCAAAGGCUCAGUGUACCCCCACCCUGUUCUGCUGGGCAGCAGCAGCCUGUACCCACCCCGCCUGCCCCCCAAGCACGGCCUCCCGUACGGCAUCCCCCCCAGCCACGGAGACUACCUGACCUUCCAUGACUCCCAGGAGAUGGUCCAUCCCCUCAUGUCCUCGCCCCACACAGGCCUGGACCUCAAGACCAGCGAGCGCCUGCAGGAGCCCCGGUCCAGGCCCAAGGAGAAGAUUUGGCAGCACCACGAGGACUCUGCCCCGGCCUACAAGACCCAGGCCCCAGACACUAAACACACCCGCAGGGGGGACAGAGAGACCGACAGGUCCACAGGCCUGGGCUCAAAGAGCCUCAACCGCAAGCCCCUGGCGGGAGCUAGAGAGGAGAUAGUCUGUAUCGACUUAAUCCAAGACGAUGGGGACAGCGACUCUCCCCUGACCAAAGCUGUCUCUCCAUGUGCUAAGAGAGGAGACCCUUCCAAACCUGUGGGUAGUGGGAGUAUCGGGAGAAACGAGGGGAGAGAGGCAGAGCUCCAGCACAUGCUCCGUACCGGCCAGGCUGUUGAACUCAGGCCAGGCCAGGCCCACAGGCAGUCAGAGCAGCAGCAACGCAGCCAGCUGUGGCUGGGCUUCCACCCUUCCUCCCUCCGUCCUGAGCCCCCCUCCCUCUCCCCCUGCCCUUUCCCCAGACAUGAGGAGGACAGCCCCAGCCCUGCAGAAAGCAGCCCCAUCUCUGACCUGCCAGAGGAGCAGACCCUUCGCUGUGCAAGAACUUCUGGAGACCGCACCUCUUGGAACCGUAGAGACCAAUCUUUAGAGGGCCUUAAGAGCAGGGACUGUACUUUUGAGGACCCCACCUCUGUGGACCGUAGUUCUGGGGACCGCAGUUUCUGGGACCAUACGCAUGAGGACUGUACUUUUAAGGACCGCAGCUCUUGGGACCGUACACGUGUGGAUCUUACAUGUAGGGUCCGCUCUUGCGAGGACCGCACCUCUGCAGACCACUCUCCUAGGGAACGCACCUUGAACGAAUCUGGGUUUAGGAAUGAAAGGACCAUGGACCACUACUCGGACCUGGACAAGGACAUGCACACGGACACAGAGUCCCACGAGGGUGAGAGUGACGACCAAGGCUGCCCCAGGGCCAGGAGGUCCAGCCUGGCCAAGCGCAUCGCUAACUCCUCUGGCUACGUUGGUGACCGCAUCAAGUGUGUCACCACCGAGCUGUACGCCGACUCCAGCAAGCUGAGCAGAGAGCAGCGGGCACUGCAGAUGGAAGGCUUAACACAAGAGGACAGUAAAUUAAGUCAACCUGCUGCUUACUGUGAGCGUGCUAUGCUGCGCUUCUCUGAGUUGGAACUGAAGGAGAAGGAGGGAGGAGGGGCAGCGGUGGACUUGGCAGACAGCCAGCGUGAGCGGAGAGAGGGGGAUGGAGAUGGAGGAGAGGACAGGGCGCGCUGCCAAGGCCCAGCCAGAACGGGGCCAGGGGCCUCAGCCCUCACAGAGGAGGUUGAGAAGGACUGUGUGCAGCUGACGUGCCCCAACAACAGAGUGCCUGUUCUCCAGCGAUGCCCACACACUGAGGGCCUCCCACCCAGAGAGAGGGAGCAGGCUGGCCCCGACCUGGAGGAGAGGAGGAUGAUGCUGGAGAAAGAGGAGAGGGUGUGUGUGCUCCCACGGGAGCGGUCUGCCAGCCUGCCCACGGCCCCAGUGGAAAGGCAGGCCCAGAAGGAUGCCAACCCUGGCAUCAUGCCCACCAUGCCAGCCUCCAUGCCCACAACGGUGCCUGGCAGGAAACACGCAUAUGCCCUGGAACCGUGCCAGCCACUCCAGGCCGUCAGCCAGGGGAAAGAGCGGGAGGAAAAUGAGAGAGAAGAGGAGAAGGAGGAGACGAUGGACGUUCCAUCCAAAAGAGCCAGGCUAACCAACGGCCCCACUGAGCCCGUCCCAGAGGAACUAAAGAACCUCAAGGUGUGUAUCGAGCUGACCGGCCUCCGACUCAGCAAGCCCCGCCUCGCCCAGGAGCUCAGCCAAUGGCAGGCCGCCACCCAGAGGUCGACAGAGGUCAACGGAAGCAUGGCCAUGACGACAAUCCUGCCCAACGGGUGCCCCGAGGUUGGCGUCAGAGACAGGAAGGUUGCCUCACAAGAAGACCGGAGCCUGAAACGCAGGUCAGAGGUCAACGGCCACGCCUGGUGUCAUGAAACGUUUGGUCACGGCGACAUCGAGCGAGUGAUGCUGCCGUCUGUUCCUCUGACCCCAGCGCAUCGGGACCGCCUCUACCGGACCCCGUCCACCACCCCUGUCAGAAAACCACCCCUGCAGACCACCACCCCUGCCCUCACCCCCUUUCACUCCCUGGCCCCUGCACACCCCCACAUCACCCUCACCCCCAGCCCUCCACGGCUGUCAGACAAGAGACAGAGGCUAAAAGAACACCGCAGGACCAGCGCUUUGGGACUGGGACCCCCCGGCCCUCACCCCGACCACGACCCCAAUCCAACGGGGAACCUGGUGGACCCCAGACUCCGUUGGCAUGGUGACCAGGACAAGCCCAAGGGCAAGCGUCAGUGCAAGACUAAACACACCACCCAGAGGGAGAGAGAGAGACUGGGGAAUGAAGAACUGAGGGAAGAGAGGGAGAGAGAGAGGCUGGGGAAUGAAGCACCGAGGGAAGAGAGGGAGAGAGAGAAGCUGGGGAAUGAAGCACCGAGGGAAGAGAGGGAGAGAGAGAAGCUGGGGAAUGAAGAACUGAGGGAAGAGAGGGAGAAUAAGCAGGUCAAGGAAAAGCGAUGCAGCGAGAAGCGGAGGAGGUCUUCAUCCCUGUCGGAUUACUCCCCCUCCUCCCCCGCCCCCUCUCUCACCCUGCCCCCCCAGCUCAGCCCUCUCCCCAGCCCUACAGAGACCCAGGACCGCACGCCAACUCCCUCCAACCCCCCGGUGCACACCUCUACCCCUGCCAGCCGACCCAUGCCUCCUGAGGCCCGCAGGCUCAUCGUCAACAAGAACGCAGGAGAGACCCUGCUCCAGAGGGCUUCCCGCCUAGGAUACGAGGAUGUAGUGCUGUACUGCCUGGAGAACGGGGUGUGUGACGUCAAUCACCGUGACAAUGCAGGCUACUGUGCGCUGCACGAGGCAUGUGCACGUGGCUGGCUUGCUAUCACUCAGCACCUGCUGGAGCACGGUGCCGACGUCAACUGUAGCGCCCAGGAAGGCACCAGGCCCCUCCAUGACGCGGUGGAGAAUGACCAUCUGGAAGUGGUCCGUCUGCUGCUGUCCUACGGAGCUGACCCAACCCUGGCUACGUACUCUGGCCGCAGCCUCCUCCGCAUGACCCACUCCCACGGCAUGGAGGGAUUCCUCUCUGAGUAUUUUUCCGACCUGAAGGGGCGUGAAGACACUGACGAAGGCAUCUACUGGGAGUUUUACGGCAGCGCCGUGUGUGAGUCAGGUGAGGACCCAGCAGCCUAUGACAUCCUGGCUAACCCCCCAGGCCCAGGAGAGGAGGAGGACACAAGGCAGGGCUUUGAGUUUGAGUUCUCUGACCGACCCCUCCUGCCCUGCUACAACAUUCAGCUCUCCCUCUCACAGGGUCCCAGAAACUGGCUGCUCCUAUCAGACGUCCUGAAGAGACUUAGAAUGUCCUCCAGGGCGUUCAGGGCAGCCUUCGCCCAUCUGGAGGUAGCAACCAUCGCCGAGGCAGAGUUCUACAAGCAGGCGUCACUGUCGCAGCUCUUCUCGUGCCCCGACGAGCUCGCCGCCUUCCUCCCCGACAGCAAGGAGCUGCUGGACCUGGUUGAGACCAGCUCAGAGCUAGCUGCGCUGCUGGGCUCCUCGCUAGAGUGUUUGGACAGCCGAUGGGAGCCCAAAGGGGCCCGGGUCAAAGCUAAAGCCCACUCGUGACCCUGAGAUACACACACAGAGGGUGACUCUCAAUAAGAUCUACUUUCUCCUGAAGUGGACACUCCUUCACUAGUUCCCACAAAUCUGGUGCAGUUAUUUGGCUAGUGGUAGUUUUCCACCAUGUUUCUUAUACCAGUCCUUUCCUUUCAAAUCGGUGAAGGGAAGUGAACACUUUGGGAGGAAGGAGAGAGUAUUGGCACGUAGCCAACACACACACAUGCUCCAUGUGUACGUUCCCAUGCCCUGUGAGGACUGGACGUUGAAUACUGGACAGUAUCCCUUCAAAGAUGAAACAGACCCCAGCGCCACACAAACUGCAUUUUUUAAAUAAAUAUAUUAUAUAUGUGUACAUUAACAGACGAUUUUAUUUGUUUUAUAUAUAUAUAUAUGUAUGUAUGUAUAUCCAUACUGUAUAUCUGCUGCUUUGGUUGUCAUGUUGUGGUCAGGUUGUGGGUUUUGACACUGUUUGGGUUGACUAGACUAGUGAACAGGUCAGGAGCAAUGUGAGUCGAAUGUGGACCUCUGAGGUAAAGGUUAUUGUUUUACUUUGGAUCGUCGCAGUGCACUUGAUUUGAGCUUUACCGACCCAUUGGACUUUGACAGAUAUAUAUAUAUAUAUAGAGGUGAACUGUGACAAAAACAUUUUAGCACUCAUGGCUCAUCCCAAAGAUUUGGGGAUUUUAUUUUCAACAUUGUCUAAAAACCUAGCUUUAUUUGUAUCUUAUUUAUGACAAUGAGGAAUUCAGAUAGUUGAUGUGUGGGUUUUUUGUAAAAAUAUAAAUGUAAAAUACUACAAGACAUUUCAAUUGAAGAGUGAGAUUCAUGCUUGAACUUGAAAAUAAGAUGACCAUUUCAGUAACUGUUUUUCUGACUGGGGUGUUUGAUUUGUUUGUUUUGGCAAUGUAAGUGUUUAAACUUUGUAAUUAAAUACACUAUUAUUUGUAUUUAUAUUUUACAAAAAAAAUAAUUUAAAUAAAUCGCAAUACA